AUGGAACAAACAACGGAUAUGAAAGAAGUUGAGGAACACGUGCAUUCUCAUAGUGAAAUCACGCGAAGUUUUCCAGCGAAAGACACGCUCCUUUUGAACGAGUUCGCAAACCCUAAAUCAGUUAAUUACGCCACCCGAAAUUUAUUCAAAACUACAGAAUUUUACGACGAAAUGAGAAUGAACGUAACAAC